AUGGGCCCCUGUACCGCCUCCUCAUGCUGCUGCCAGGCCCGUAAUCUGCCAUGGGCCCCCGUACCAACUCCUCAUGCUGCUGCCAGGCCCGUAAUCUGUCAUGGGCCCCUGUACCGCCUCCUCAUGCUGCUGCCAGGUCCAGAGUGUGUCAUGGGUCCCUGUACGGCCUCCCAUUGCUGCUGUCUCCAUCGCCACACUCUGCCAUGUGCCACUUUCAGGUCUCCUCACACUGCUGGUGGGUUCCAUUUUUUCAUAGGGUGCUGUAUGGCCUCCCAUUGCUGCUGCCUCCACCGCCACACUGUGGCUCCACACUCUGGUUUUGGCCCCGUGACUGCCCAAAUGAGUGAAGUGUGCGGUGAUUCUAAGAUCGACGGCACUCAUCUGCAUGUCAUACUGACUGACAGUAUUAUUUCUCUUCCCCAGCAGACUCCAAGGGCAUUUAAAUUAAAGGUACAGUGUUCUGCACUAAUAUAA